AUGGAGAGCUGGUCCCCGCGCCUCAUGGCUGCAGCGCUCCUGACAUUGCUGUCGUGGACCCCACAGCGGGCAGGUGAGCUCCGACUGCUCGGCUCAGCGAGGCCCAAGGACCUCACGGGCACGCCUCCUGGACCGGGAGGACAGUCAGUGACCAACCUCGGCCCCCCCAUAGUGGUCUCCCUGGCCAACACAUUCGUCUCAUUCAGAUGCAGGGUCACUUGCCCAGACAUGCCGGAAUUCAAGAACAUCACGGUCGGCUACUUUGAUGUGGAUGUCCAGGGUCACACCAGCUCUGAGAAGUCCAUCACCUGCCGACCCGUGCCAGGCACAGAGAACAAGAGCUACUCCCUGGAGUGCGGGGCCAUCAUCAGGUUGCCCGGUGCAUCAGCCACGGGCACCUACUACUGCUCUCUCCACUGGCGGGGCUUCACCUGGAAUGGCGAUGGCACCUUCCUCCUGGUCAGAGACUCGGGGUAUCGAGAGCCCCCGCAGAGCUCCCAGAAGGCCCUGCUCUUUGGCUUCACUGGCCUCCUGACUGUCCUGAGUGUCCUGGCCACGGCACUGCUCUUCUGGAAGAAGAAACAGAUGGGGGCUCCGGGGAAGCGCUCAGACCCGAGACCUGCCAGCGCCUCGAAGCAGCCUGCAGCGGAAGCUGUCUACACGGCCCUGCAGCACCGAGAGACGGAGGUUUACGCCUGCAUCGAGCAGGAGGCCUGCAACCCACCCUUUGCCGGGAACCCUGUCUCCCAGGUACACAGGGCCCCGGGCAGCAAGUCUGGCUCCUCCUUGCGUUUCGUCUGUGAAAUGGGAGUCGAUGGACCCUGGAUGUGA